GCUUGUUCGGCACGUCGAAAUUGCCCCUAGGUACGAUCACGGAAGAGACACUUCGACGUCCGCCAGAGGACCCCGGGGUGUAUUCCCAGCGCAGAUAAAACUCUUUAUCAUCCUUUCGAUAACCCCCCUCCACCCCUCUUAUCCGGUCCGCUCCUCAAUUCUCCUACGAUCCAUCGACCCCUUCUUAUCUAUAUACCGCCUCACCUCAUAUCGAUAUCAAUUGACGACUCGAAAUAAUAGACCAGUGAUUCACUUGCACAAUUAAAGCAGCAUCCUGUACAUCCAAUAUCACAGGACAACAAACCUUGACAGCGCCCCGCAUCACAGAAAAAUUUACACUCGAGCAGGACACGCUCGCAACAUUCACAAUGCCGCAAACUCACUCACAUUCGUCGCGGAAGUCGCCAAAGAGCGCGGCCAAGAAUAACCGCGCCAAUCUGAUGGCAUACCUCGAUGCAACCUCCGGCAAAAGCGCAAACCGCUCCGGAGAGAAGUCCAAGGGAGCUACCCUUGGUCACAUGAACAGGAAGAGAAAGUCCUCUUCCUCUGUUUCAAGCGUCUCGUCCCUGUCUAGUGUGGAUGAGCUCAGCGAUGAAGAAGACGGAUCAGAAGACGCCGACGACGAAGACGAUACGGCCCCGUCUCAUGAUGUACACAAACACAAAGGAUCUAAGACGGGGUCUAAGUCUUUCUCUGCGAGGAAGAAGGCGAAACUCUCAGACGAUGACGGCUAUGAAGGCCAGCAGAGCAAUGUGGACAGUGACUCUGACAGCUCCGACGACGACUAUGCAGCCGUCGAUGAGAUCAUGGAUGCGGAUGAUGAAGACCAGGAGCUGGAAAAAUUAGAAGAACAACUGAUUGUAGAGUCUGAGGAUGAGCACAAUUUCGAUGGCAUCCUGACUAUUUCCGACAACACCGUCCCUGACGAAUGGGCUGGCCUGGGAUCGUUGGACAACCACAUGCUCUUUUCCACGACCUCCCUCUUGGAUGAGGAGCAGCUCUACGCGGCUUUGGAGACAUUCGGUGAGACUGACAUGGCUAGUGAGACCGUCGAGACACCAGUGCAGCGAAGGGUGCAUUUCCAAGAGGACUCCGACUCCUCCUCGGACAGCGAAGCGUCCGACGACGAGAUCCCGGGCGACUUCUUGCAACAGGAUAGCCUCGAUCCCGAUCUUCGACGGAUGAUUGAAAAUGAUAAUUUUGACAACCAUGGUCAGCGUUCCGAUGACAUCUUCGGAGAGUACGAAUUCGGUCAGGGCAACAUCUACCACGCCGAGUCGGAUGCCAUAUCCGAAGAGUCCAGCGGUUAUGAGACCGAUGACGGUGAAACCACAGACGAAGAUCUCCCUCCUCCCGCGACCAUCACCCAUCCUCGCUCUAUCUUGCGUCGGGACUCGACCGUCUCCCUUACGGCCCCUGACGAUACCGCUGCUCGGCGAUCCCAGCCUCCCCGUCGCCGUGGCCCCAUUAUGGGAUCCUUCAUUCCGGAUCCCCACAAACCAGUGGCCCUUGUUGACUGCACCGGGAAGCACUUGGUCAUUAUUCCCGCCUACGCUUCAUCGCGGCAUGAUUGGCUUGAGUCUGCCACCAACAGCAUGUGCGGCACUGCCAACAACAGCCCGCGUGCGACCACGAUGCAGCUGGUUGACGAGAGUGACACGGAUGCCCUGGUGUCCCCUAGUCGUCCGGAUCUCAGCCCAAUGCUGACCUCGAGUGCCAACCUGAUGAUGACCGCGCUCGGAAACGACGCUACACCGGGCGGUCAAGUCAUGGGUCCUCCCGAAGCUUUCUAUCCUUCCCGUGAUUUCGGGAUGGAUAGUUCAUUUGAUGAGGAGGAUGACGAUGAUGAUGAAGCUGCGCUGAACGUCGAUGACUUCAUCGACUUUGGCAAUGGUUCGUCUGACGAAGAGACAGACCGGCCCUUUGACGAUGGCCUCCCCUCGCCAAUGGUCGCGUCAUCUGUUCAGGGAGCUGGCACUCCGACACCCAACCGGAAUGGUGAUGCACACCAGGGUAGCAGUGCAGAGCGGUUCUUGAACCACUUGGACAGAGGUAUCGUCACGGCAUUCCGCCGGAACCACAACCGAUACCAGACUUUGAUCAGGCUGCCCCAGCACCGCGAGUUCAUGCCAGCCAACUCCCCUUCUCGCCCGGCGAGUGUCUUCAGACAUUCCAGGCAUAUGGACCCGAAGACACCUUCCCGCAAGCGCAAGUCGAGCAGCUACGCUGGCGGAGAAGCUGUCCGGCGCAAGCUCAUGGAUGCUCAUAGAAGAACUCAGCUGCCCUUCUAGCUGCAGUCAUACUCUUCUUUGUUCUAUCGGGUAUGAAACUCGAUCUUGCGAUUGACGAAGCCGUCACUCUACUCGUCAGGCCUAGCCUCUU